GGAGAACAUAUACCCAAGGUACAUAAGUAUUCGAAUCCUGCCAUACAAACAGCAGCCUGUCAGACUCAGAAUCCUUGGUUCAGAACCCUUGAUUGAACAAUACCAUCAUAAUGGCACCAAACUGGGACAGACUUAUCCGCUUCAUUGCGACAGACGGCCGCGAGCUGCGGGGUCAACCAAUCCUCCCCUCUGCGGACUUUGAUAUCGGGACGACAACCGAGGAAACAGGCCUAAAGGCCAAAGUUAUCGACGUAAAAAACAACGACAUCUUCGACCCAGCGACAAAAGUCACAGAUGAGGAAGUGACUGUGAAGAAGCUUCUCGGUCCCGUGACACAGGAUGAAGUCCCAAUCAUCCGAUGCAUAGGACUGAACUUCAUCAAGCACAUCCAAGAAGGAGGCCGCACACUUCCCCCCUUCCCCUCCACCUUCAUCAAAGCAAACACCUGCUUAACCGACCACAACGCCCCGAUCGUCAUCCCCAAAAUCGCCCAGGACAACCAAGCCGACUACGAAGGCGAACUCUGCUUCAUCAUCUCCCGCGACGCAAAAGACGUCUCCGAAGCCGACGCCUUCAACUACAUCGGCGGCUACCUCUCCGGCAACGACGUCUCGAGCCGCAAACUCCAGCGCGACCCCCUCCUCGCUGGCACCGUCCCGCAAUGGAACUUCUCAAAGGGCUUCGACACGUACGCGCCUCUCGGCCCGCAAAUCGUCAGCACGGCCGUUAUCCCCGAUCCCAGUGUUUUGCAGCUGCAGACGCGGGUGAAUGGCGAAUUGCGCCAGGAUUCCGGCAUCGAUGAUUUGUGCUUCAAGAUUCCGACGCUCGUGGCGUAUUGCAGUCAGGGGACUACGCUGAAGAAAGGCACCGUGUUUAUGACGGGCACGUGUGCGGGUGUGGGGUAUGCGAUGGCGACGCCGCAGUUUUUGAAGCCGGGGGAUGUGGUUGAGGUCAGUGUGAAGCCGCAUGUUGGGACACUGAAGAAUGUGGUUGAGUUUGCUUGAUUUGUCAUGUUUCGACCAUUUUUUCCGGAUAUCGAGCAGUGUUCACUUUUGAAGAGAAAGAACCGUAGUGAAACAAAAAAAAACAAUGAAAUCUUGUCGAAUCACAACCUCAGAGUGCAGUGAUGACUUCACUGGUGUACUGUAAACCUGCAAAC